AUGAUCAAGCUUGCAGAUUUUGGUCUUGCGCGCGCAUUCGCGGACCCUUAUAAGCAAACUACCAGCAACGUCAUCACGCCCGAGCUGCUCUUCGGCGCGCGUCACUACUCCGGCGCCGUCGAUAUAUGGGCUGUCGGGCUGGUAUUCGCGGAGUUGCUGAUCCGCACGCCCUACCUAGCUGGUGACACGGAGGUGCGGACGCCAACAGAGGAAGUAUGGCCAGGCGUCAGCAAACUGCCCGAGUACACCGUCCCCGAGCCGCCCAACCCGGUUAGGGGCCGCGAGACCUACCUCGGGGCCUUCGGGACGGCGGGACAGGAGGGCGUGGAUCUCCUGAUGGCGAUGUUGGUGCUGGAUUUGCGGGCGCGGAUUACGGCGCAGGCGGUGCUUGAGCAUCCAUGGUGGAGCUGGGAGGGGACCGGGGGUGGUGGGGAGUGA